CUAUAUAAUCAGAGGAACUUCUUAUUACACACUGUGUAUACCCACUAUCCAAAAUCCAGAUAGUGAAGAUAUAGACUAGAGAGAGUACGUGCCUCUUAUGUCAGAUAAUAUAUCAGUUCCGCUCUCAUUCAAAAGGACUAGCUACAGUUUAACAUGUUCGGUAAAUAAUGUAUUUAUACGAAUAUGUAGGUAUCUGUGUGCUUUUAAAAUUCACGGAUUGGGUAACUUGCACGUAGCUUAGCUCUCGGCCACGUCAUGCGUAUGUGUAAGUUAAUUAAUUAAAUCUGUCACUCGGGCAGAGAUAUCUUCUGAGUUCUGCUGAGUGCUGCAUCUUCAUAAGCAAGUUGACAGCGUCAGCCGUCGCCUGUCGCCGUAAGCCACUCCACUGACAGGAAGGAAAGGAUAAACGCGGUUGGCUAUCAUAUUCGUCUGACUUUCUCAGUAUUUACCAUCAGUAGGAAGGAAGAGUGAGGGAGAAGCAGUGUAGAAGAUUGCAGAGCUGCCUGGUGAUCACGAUGGCCAGCGUGUGUGGUGAUAAACGCCGAGCCCAUAGAAGGCCAGUGAAGUCUCCAACAUGCGUCAGGGGCAGCAACAGGCGUGGCAAGGGAGCAAUGAGUAUAAACCUGGAAACCAAUUUCUUUCCUAUAUUACCUUCAAGGAAAAAUAUUAGAGUGAAGGUUUAUGAAGUGGAGUUUCACUCAUUUGGAAACAGAGCCAUAUAUACAAGGAAGCAAAAACUGGAGACAUUUGAAUUGAUGAAGAAGGCACACCCUAGAGUGUUUGACUCUCAUCAUCCUGUUGUCUUUGACUCAGACAAGAAAGCUUACAGUGUAGAUGUUAUUUCUGAUGUGGCAAACAGUGAGCAGCAGUCAGCAUCUUAUGUGGUCUCCAAAAUGAAUGCAAACUCUCAUGAGAAGUGGAGGGUCACCAUAACACUGAAGGAAGAGUUGUGUCUGGAAGACCUUCUGGAGAUUCUCUAUUCCACUCCAGGGCAACAUAGUUUUCCUCCGAAGAUUAUUCAGUUCCUUGAAGUAAUGUUUCACCAUUCUCGUGCCCUUAAAUACAAAUUGGUUGGGCACCGCCACUUCUACUCAUUUGAUGGUGAAUCUGGAACAGUUUACCCCAUUGGACCCAACAAGGAGGGUGCCAUUGGCUUCUUUGACUCUGUGAGGCCGUCAUCAUGGAAGAAUGGCUCACUCUUGCUGAACAUUGAUGUUUCACAUGCAGCUUUUUACAAAGAACAAAGUCUUCUUGACUUUGUGAAUGGUGUCAUGAGUCUACAGGAGUCAGACCUCCACAAAACAUUGGAUCCACACAAAAAGAGAAGACUGAUGCAGGAAAUGAAGGACCUCAAAAUUUGUGUGACUUUUUCCCAUGUUUCCCAUGUGUACAAGAUCAUAUCCAUCACUGAGAGAGGUGCCAACAGACAAACAUUCCCUUGUAAAGAUCAAAAGACUGGUUUGACAAAAUACAUCACCGUGGUGGAUUACUUCAAGUAUGUUCAUGGCAAAAACCUUUAUUUUCCCAACUUCAACUGUGUCCAGGUUGCUCCAUCUGAAAAGAACAUAUUUCUGCCAAUGGAGUUUUGCAGAAUUGCUAGUGCACAAAAAGUUAAGAAAUUGGCUGACCAGGAGAUAGCCCAUUUUUUAAGGGUAGCAGCUGUUGCUCCUGCAGAGAGGAGAAAGCAAAUAUGUAAACUAUAUGACCAAAAUAAUUUCUCUGAAGAUUCAAUGCUGAAGAGCCUUGGACUUACCAUUGAGAAGAAUCCAUUAAAAAUAGCUGGGCGUGUGUUGCCGCCUCCUUUACUGCACCUGAGUCACAUGGUGGAGCCUCAUGAUGGGAUGUGGGAUGUGAGGGGCUGCAGGUUCUUCCAAGGAGCUCUCAUAAGGAGUUGGAUAGUUGUUAAUUAUAACACAGAACGGGUUAGCUUAUCACACAUCAGAACCUUCAUUGAACAUCUACUGAGGCUGGGCAAAGGGUAUGGUAUGGAGUUUAAUGAUCCAAUGACCAUACAAGAUAUGCCAAGAGCUCGUAUUGAGGAACAUUUUAUCUACUUUAAAAGGAUGUUCCCAGAUUUGCAGCUGAUCAUAGUUGUCUUGGAUAAGAAUGAUGAAUUAUAUGGUCGUCUUAAAAAAAUAGGAGAUAUAGACAUUGGUGUCAUCACCCAGUGUCUUCAGGCAUCAACUGUGAGGCUUUGUAAAGAGUCAACAAUGUUUGGUGUACUAUUGAAGAUUAAUGCUAAAAUGGGAGGGAUAAACAAUGUCAUAGCAAAUCCCUCAAGCCCAGCGAUUUUCAACCAUUCAGUAAUGAUUAUGGGUGCUGACGUCAAUCACCCGUCAGCUGGGGAUGGUAUUUCUCCUUCAAUGGCAGCCUGUGUUGCCUCUCUAGACAGGCACGCAUCAAUGUAUGCUGUGGAAGUGAUGCCACAAGAUCAUCGGGUGGAAAUUAUUCAAGAUUUAAAGCAGAUGGUUAAGAAUCUGAUAAUGUCUCAUAGAAAGGUGCAAAGAAGGUGGCCCGACAAAAUAGUGAUGUAUCGUGAUGGAGUGAGUGAAUCGGAGUUCAUCACUGUGUUGCUGCACGAGGUGAAGUCCAUACGGCAGGCUUGUGCUGAGGUGAAUCAGGAUUACAAGCCAGGUAUCACCUUCCUCAUUGUUCAGAAACGUCAUCAUACAAGAUUCUUUUGUCAUAAAGAUGAAGGGGUUGGAAGAUGCAGGAAUAUUCCCCCUGGAACAGUAGUGGACACUAGCAUCACCCAUCCCAGUGAGAGAGACUUCUAUUUAUGUUCACAUCAAGGAAUACAAGGUACAACAAGACCUACACAUUACCAUGUGUUGUGGGAUGACAACAAUAUGGCAAUGGAUGAACUAGAAACACUCACAUACAGCAUGUGUCAUCUGUAUUCCCGAUGCAACAAAGCCGUGUCUCUACCAACACCAGCCUACUAUGCACAUCUGGCUGCAUUUAGGGCCAAAGUGCACAUCAGUGAUUUAUUUGAUCAGUAUGAUGGCUCAGAAGGUGUGACCAAGGAGGAUAUUAUGAAUGCAGCCAGAAUGGACAACAGUCACCCCUUGUCCUACACAAUGUACUAUGUGUGAGAAGGUAGUAAGUGUAGUUCUCUGCCUAUCAAAAUUUGGAAAUCACAAAAGGAAGAGGAAUCUCAUCACUUUUGAUGUGUUGUUAUUAUUAUUAG